AUCUUCACAAAUUUUUUAAAGCCAACUUUUUGCUGAGUACAUACACUUUUUGCUGUAAAUUAUGUUGCUUUUCCAUGAUUGACAGAUCCUUAUCUAGCUAUGAUGCAGUUGUAUGGAGUUUCGUACUCAAGGGACGAUGAAAAAGUCGUUUAUCUUUAUCUUCUACGUAAUUUCUAAAAUUUAUAAAUCAAAUUAUUUUCUGGGUGACCAAUCACGGUAUCCAGACAUCAGGUUUCUACAAAAGAAUCUGUUCCAUUGUCACUCUUUGGAAAAUAUAGACAGCCAGAAGGUUAUCAAGACUAUAUAAAGCCUGCGAGCCUGAGUUUUACUAAACAAUAUUUCUCUGCUAGUCUGCUUUGGACUUGCAGGAGAAAAUGUCACUAACCUAGAAAAGUGAGAGAGAAGAAUGGUAGAAAAAGCCGUGAAUUAUCUUCUCCAAAAACUUGCGCCCUUCUUUGAAAGCGAGGUGAACUUGUUGACAUGGGUUGGGAAACAAGAUACGGAGCAUCAGAAAGAUAGAUUGGAGCUUAUCAGAACCUUCUUAAGAGAUCCAGAUGAAUUGGAAGACAGUGAUGAUGAACUCAAGAUUUGGGCUAAGCAAGUGAGAGAUGUUGUUCAUAAGACUGAAGAUCUUUUGGAUGAAUUGGAGCUUCUUCAGACACAUAACCACUCAGAUGGAUUCUCCGUCUCUUUUAGUAAGAUUUCUUGCUGUAUCAGAAACAUGAAAGCUCGAUAUCGGAUUUCUUCUGAAUUAAAAGACAUGGACUGCCGAAUGAGAAAUAUCUUGUCAGAUCGCCAGAGAUUCCUCAGCAGAUUUGAAGCUGCCUCUCGUACUUCAAAUUCCAUUUCUACAGUAAACACAUGGCAUGAUCAACGAGGGGAUGCUCUUCUCCUGGACAGUAAUGAUCUAGUGGGCAUAGACAGACAAAAAGGACAGUUCAUCGAGUGGUUGUUUAAAGGUUGUUCCAGCCGCGGAGUAAUCUCUGUGACGGGAAUGGGAGGACUGGGGAAGACAACGCUGGUGAAGAAAGUAUAUGAUGACCCAGAAAUCAAAAGACAUUUCAAAACCUGUGUCUGGAUUACUGUUUCCCAGUCUUCUAGUACUGAGGAACUUCUUAAAGACACAGUCAAAAAGCUUUUUCAUGAUAUAAGUCGGCCAGUUCCGGAAGGCUUGGAAAGCAUGAGGAAUGAUCAGUUGAAGGUGAUUAUCAACAAGCUGCUGAAAAGGAGGAGAUACCUGGUGGUGUUUGAUGAUAUGUGGCACAUGUAUGAGUGGGAAGCUGUCAAAUAUGCAUUUCCUAACAACACUUGUGGCAGCAGAGUUAUGAUCACCACAAGAAAAACUGAUUUAGCCUCUCUCUCCAGCAUCGAAUCCAAAGGCAAGGUGUACAACAUGCAACGCUUAUCAGAAGAUGAGGCUUGGGAUCUAUUUUGCAGGAAAACCUUUCCUGAUCAUUCAUGCCCCUCAUAUUUGAUGAGCAUAUGCAAAUCUAUAUUGAGAAAAUGUGAGGGUCUUCCCCUUGCAAUAGUGGCGGUCAGUGGCGUUUUGGCUACAAAAGACAGGCGCGCCAUAGAUGAGUGGGACAUGAUUUGCCGCAGCCUUGGAGCUGAAAUUCAAGGCAAUGACAAGCUCGAUAAUUUGAAGAAAGUGCUUGGCCUCAGUUUCAGUGAUUUGCCUUCCCAGUUGAAGCAAUGUAUCUUGUACUUGAGCAUCUUUCCUGAGGCCUAUCUGAUUAAGAGGAUGAGAUUGAUUCGGUUGUGGAUAGCAGAAGGAUUCAUUGAAGCCAAAGAAGGGAGAACACUUGAAGAAGUUGCAGAGGACUAUCUCAAGGAGCUAUUGAACAGAAACCUGAUACAAGUAGCGAAGACGACAUCAGAUGGAAGAGUCAAAACUAUCCGUAUACAUGCCCUCCUGCGAGAAAUCCUCAUUUUGAAAUCUAAACAUCAAAACUUUGCAGCCAUUGUCAAAGAGAAAAGUGCAGCAUGGCCAGAAAAGACUCGACGCCUUUCACUGCAUAGUACAUUGCCAAAUGGACUGAUUCAAAGGUCUGUUUCUCAACUUCGUUCCCUUUUCAUGUUUGGAGUUGCAGAGAAAAUCUCCCUGCACAAAUUGUUUCCAGGUGGUUUUAGACUGCUUAACGUUUUAGAUUUCGAAAAGGCACCUUUGAAGAAGUUUCCUGUACAAAUGACUGAUCUAUAUCAUUUGAAGUAUCUGAGUUUAAGGAAAACAAAGGUGAAAAUCAUUCCAAGUUCUAUAGGGAAGUUGCAGAACUUAGAAACACUGGAUGUCAAAUACAGUUCUGUCACAGAAUUGCCUGCAGAUAUUACAAAGCUUCGCAAACUUCGCCAUCUCCUGGUAUACCAUCAUCAUGCCAAAGUCAGAAGUUUUGUGAAGUUCCAUUCCAAGUGUGGUUUCAAGGCCAUCCAUGACAUAGGAAAUCUCCAGUCACUACAAAAGCUUUGUUUCAUAGAGGUAGAUCAAUGCUGCAGGACCAUAAUAAAGCAGUUAGGAGGGCUAACUCAACUAAGGAGGCUAGGCAUCAUGAAGCUAAGAGAGGAAGAUGGUAGGGUUUUCUGUUCAUCCAUUGAGAGGCUAACUAAUCUACGUGCACUCUCAAUCACUUCAGAGGGUGAGGAUAAGAUCGUUGAUCUAAGGUUCCUAUCCUCACCUCAUCCAUUUCUUCAACGCUUGUAUUUGUCAGGACACAUGCAUGAGCUUCCGAAGUGGAUACCUUCACUCCACAGCCUGAUCAAGCUAAUUCUGAAAUGGAGCAAUUUAAAACACGAUCCACUGGUGUAUCUGCAGGAUUUGCCCAACCUUGCACAUCUUGAACUACUUCAGGUUUAUGACGGAGACACACUGUGUUUCAAAUCGGGAAAAUUCAAGAAGCUUAAGGUUUUAGGUCUUGACAAGUUUGAUGAACUUAGGCAGGUGAAUGUGGAGCAGAGUGCAAUGCCUUGCCUGGAAAAGCUGAUCAUCCAGCGGUGUGAACUGCUGAAGAAUGUUCCAUCAGGCAUGCAACAUUUGACUAAGCUGAAAGUCCUCGAGUUUUUCGAUAUGCCUGAUGAACUGAUCACGACAUUAUAUCCAGAUGAUAGGGGAGAAGAUUACUGGAAAGUGGCACACAUACCGGAAGUCUAUUUUACCUACUGGAGAGAUGGUGGUUGGGAUGUUUAUGCAUUAGAGAGCUUCAGGGAGAGUUCUCCUCGAUCAGGUCUUGUCAUGAGAAGCCAUGAACAUCGCAAUCUAUGGAAAGGGUAAUUUCAGAUUGUAUUAUAUACAAUUGUUAAGUCUCACAUCUGUAAAUUCUAUUGUACAGAAGUCAGAUGAUCAAAGCAAGGUGUAUGUCUUAUUUCACCUUCACCUAAGGUUUAGGAAAAGGCUCAUUGUAAAUAGUGUGAAAAAAAGUUGGAAGUCUUCUCAUAAUUCUGUAGGUUUGAAGGACUUGUAAAUUGAAUCUUUGAAUAAAUCCUUGUCUUUA